UAUCCUAUCCCCUUGUUCACCUUCGGCCCGCCGCCACACUGCCCCUCCUGAAUUCCUCCUCCGUCCGCCCGAGCCUGCCGCGACGAGCUUCCAAGCUCCGUCAGCUCGCCUUCUCCUCCGCUUCCCACAAAGAGCAAAUUCGCCUCGCUCGCGCACCAUCUGCUCCCCCUGAGAAAUCGCCUCGCCGGUCCUUGUGCGCCCGCCAGAUGCUCGUGAUAUUUCCGUAAUGGCCUUCGCAAUGCGCCUAGCGUCCUGCCCCGGCGCGUCGCUGCAGGCGGCGACGGCCUGGCCGUCCAACCUCGGCUCCGCGGCGCCGCGGCUGCGGCCGCGCUGGCGGUGGCCACGCCUCCGGCCGUCCGCGGCCGCCUCGGACCAGCAGGCGCUUCUGGCCGCCCUGCGCGAGCAGGCGGACCCCGAGGCGGCGCUCCGGAUGCUCAACUCGGCGCUCGCGCGGGACGACUUCGCCCCCGGCCGCGACGUCUACGAGGAGAUCAUCCGGAAGCUCGGGACGGCCGGCGCCUUCGACCUCAUGAAGGUGCUCGUCAGGGAGAUGCGCCAGGAAGGGCACCAGGUUGGGCCCGGCGUGGUGCAGUCGUUUGUAGAGGGCUACGCGCGGCUGCACAUGUUCGAUGAUGCCUUCGACUUGGUUCUGAACCAGCUUGAUAUGUUCGGUAUUCAGGGAGAUACAGUGGUGGUGGCGUACAAUCACCUUCUCCGUGUUCUCAUGGAGGGGAGUAAGAUCAAGCUCCUUGAGUCCGCUUAUACGGAGAUGAGCAAUCGGGGUAUCAAGCCUGACCUUGUCACUUACAACACUGUGAUCAAUGCAUUGUGUCGAGUUCAUCAGGUUAGGACUGCAGUUUUGAUGCUGGAGGACAUGUCUAGCAACGGUGUGGCACCUGACGAGGUGACAUUCACUACGUUGAUGCAAGGUUUUGUCGAGGAGGGGAGCAUCGAGGCGGCACUGAGGAUGAAGGCACGGAUGUCAGAAAUGGGAUGCUCGCCAACGAGUGUAACUGUCAAUGUUUUGAUUAGCGGCUACUGCAAGCUGGGAAGAGUCGAAGAUGCUCUCAGUUAUGUACAGCAAGAGAUUGCAGAUGGUUUUGAACCUGACCAGGUCACAUUCACUACAUUUGUUAAUGGUCUCUGCCAAAACGGGCAUGUCGAUCAUGCCCUCAAAGUCAUGGAUUUGAUGCUCCAGCAGGGUAGUGACCCAGAUGUUUUCACCUACACUACUGUUGUAAACUGCUUGUGUCAAAAUGGAGAACUUGAGGAGGCUAAGGCAGUCAUAAAUCAUAUGGUGGAUAGCGGUUGUUUGCCUGACGUUACCACCUUCAAUACUCUCAUUGUUGCCCUAUGCACAGAGAAUCGGCUUGAGGAAGCCUUGAACCUUGCACGUGAUCUGACGGUGAAGGGACUCUCUCCAAAUGUUUAUACUUUCAACAUUUUGAUAGAUGCCCUCUGCAAGGUUGGAGAUCCUCAUCUUGCUGUUCGAUUGUUUGAAGAGAUGAAAAGCAGUGGAUGCACCCCUGAUGAACUUACAUACAAUAUAUUGAUUGAUAACCUGUGCUCAUCGGGGAAGCUUGCCAAAGCUUUGGAUUUGUUGAAGGAGAUGGAAAUUAGUGGUUGUCCUCUGAGCACAGUGACAUAUAACACUAUAAUUGAUGGGUUAUGCAAGAAAUUGAGAAUAGAAGAAGCAGAGGAGGUUUUUGAUCAAAUGGAUGUAACAGGUAUUGAAAGGAAUGCGAUCACAUUCAAUACACUUGUUGAUGGAUUGUGCAUGGCCGAAAGGAUUGACGAUGCAGCAGAACUUAUUGAACAAAUGAUAAGUGAAGGGUUGCAACCUAAUAAUAUCACUUACAAUUCUAUUCUAACUCAUUACUGCAAGCAAGGAAACAUAGCUAAAGCUGCUGAUGUUUUACAAACUAUGACCGAAAAUGGAUUUGAAGUUGAUACUGUUACAUAUGCAACACUCAUUAAUGGCCUGUGCAAGGCUCGUCGGACUCAGGCUGCUUUGAAGCUUCUUAGAGGUAUGCGGAUGAAAGGGAUGAGGCCAACUCCAAAAGCCUUCAACACUGUGAUUCAGUCUCUAUUUAAAGGGAAUAAUGGCAGAGAUGCUCUGAAUCUGUAUAGGGAGAUGACAGAAGUUGGUGAGCCUCCUGAUGCUUUGACAUAUAAAAUUGUUUUCCGUGGUCUCUGUCGUGGUGGUGGCCCUAUUAAAGAAGCUUUUGAUUUCUUGGUAGAGAUGGCAGAUAAGGGUUUCAUACCAGAGUUUUCAUCAUUCCGCAUGCUAGCUGAUGGUCUACUGAACCUGGGUAUGGAUGAUUACCUCAUAAGUGCUAUUGAACUAAUUGCAGAGAAGGCCAACUUCAGAGAAUCCGAUGUUUCUGCAAUAAGGGGUUAUCUCAGGAUCCGUAAAUUUUAUGAUGCAUUAGCAACUUUUGGCCGUCUCCUGGAUAUCAACAACCCUCGAUGGACUUAUCGAUGAAACAUGAGAAAAUACUGGGAAAGUACUGAGUACAUGGAAAUUUUUGCUGGUGAUGAAACGACCACUGCAUCUACUUGCUAGCUUUGUGAUUUGGAACAUGGUGUGGAGCAAUUUCGCUCUGCAAUCAAUCACCCCGCAGCGCCCAAGCCACAAAAGUAGCCAACCCCCUCAGAGGCAACAGUCAAGGCGGUUGUCGCUAUUGAGCAGGCAUAGCCCAUCCUCCUUGAGAAUCAGCGCUGAGAGUUGUGUAUCCUACCAUCUAAGUGUGGAGAUGUAGAGGCAACACCUGUUCCGGUUGUUCUCAGUUCGAAGAACUUUGGGUUGGGUCAAGGCCACCAAAAGGGCCGCUAGGUGGUAGUGACACCAAGUUAUAUGUGCCUAGAACUUCUUGCUGAUAUAUUCUAUGGUGCCAAAUCUAAUAUUUGGUCACUAGGUGAUAUAUCAUUCAAAUGUAGCAAACUUUACAGACAAACUAAAAGAUGUAAGCCUAUGCUUGCAAUGUUCAAAUCACUAUGUUUGAGAAUGUUGUAUGUAUGAAA